GGGGUUCUUCCUCCCCAGCCAACAGCUGCUUCAUGAUGGGCUCCAUUUCUAGACCAAUUACUGAGUUUUGCCUGGAUCUCUACAAUAAGCUCAACAAAAACGUGAAGGACAAAAACAUCAUUUUUUCUCCAAUGAGUAUCUCUGUUGCCCUGGCCCUGAUCUAUCUAGGUGCAAAAAACAACACUGCUGCUCAGAUAGAGAAAGUGCUCCAUAUCGGGAAAGAUUUAGGAAGAAUGAGCCUUGGAUCUGAACUUGAGAGUGCAGCCUUGGAAAUGGAGCCAGAACGAAGCCGGGAAAGGGAGGCAUCCCUCUCACAGUGUAACACGGAUGGGGACCUUAAUCAUAGAGCAUUCCAGACACUGCUUUUACAGCUACAAAAUCUUGGUGAAAGCUAUUUUUUAACCCUGGCUAACAACCUCUUUGUACAACACGGAUUUGAGCUCCAGCAGCAAUUUCUAAUGUGCUCUAAGGAACUGUAUGGAGCAGUGCUUCAAAUGGUGGACUUUCAAGGUGCUGUUGAAGCUGCCAGAAUAAAAAUUAAUGCUUGGGUUGAAAAAGAGACACAAGGUAAAAUCAAGGAACUCUUUGCUCCCGGUGUGAUCAAUACGCAUGCGUUGCUGGUGCUGGUGAAUGUAAUCUACUUCAAAGCAUCCUGGGAACAUAAGUUUGAGGAACAAAAAACAGCACAGAGAUAUUUUAAACUGAAUCAGAAUGAGAAGAUACCUGUGCAGAUGAUGUAUCAGAAAGGCAUGUUUAAACUAGGCUACAUUGAGGAGGUGGGUGCUCAGGUCCUUGAACUCCCUUAUGCUGAGAAGUCAAUGAGCAUGAUCAUCCUGCUGCCACAUGACAUGGCUGACAGAUCUACCAGUGGGCUGGAGCAGAUUGAAAGCAUAAUGACCCAUGAAAAUUUAAUGCUGUGGGCCUCUUCAGAGCACAUGUAUGAGACACAAGUGGAGGUAUACCUCCCCCAGUUCAAGCUUGAAGGCACCUUUAACCUCAAUGAGGUAUUACAAGAGAUGGGGGUGACUGACAUCUUCAAUGAAUCAAAAGCUGAUCUUUCUGCAAUGUCAUCUGCAAAAACUCUGGUGUUGUCAGAUAUUGUCCAUAAGACGUGCGUGGAAGUCAAUGAGGAAGGCACUGUAGCAGCAGCUGGUACAGGAGCUGUCAUUGUGAAUAGGUCUCUUCCUCUCACAGAGGUGUUUAUGGUUGACCACCCUUUCUUAUUUUUUAUUAGACACAAUCCUACUGAUACCAUUCUCUUCUUUGGCAAACUCUGUUCACCUUAAAAUCAGGGUCAUUCUCUAACAUUG